GGGGCGGUCCGCCGCGCUCCGCGGACCGACAUGCCGCCGUCGCCGCUGCCGCCCGUUGCGCCGCGCUCCUGCUGCUCCGCGGUGGCGCCGCCGCCGCCGCCGCCGCCCUCCUCCUGCUCCGCGUGAGGCGAGGCCCCCGGGCCGCGGCCUCCCCCCCCCACCCCGGCUCGCCAUGAGGAGCCCCGAGGACCUGGAGGGCUUCGACGGCGAGGCGUCGAGCACCUCCAUGAUCUCCGGCGCCAGCAGCCCCUACCAGCCCACCACCGAGCCCGUCAGCCAGCGCCACGGGCUGCGCGGCCUCCGCUGCGACCGCGACUACCUGCGCGGCCCCGUCGGCCGCCUGAAGAUCGCCCAGGUGGUUUUGGCUUUGAUUUCCUUCAUCUGCAUAGAGACCAUCAUGGAAUGUUCUCCUUGUGAAGGACUUUAUUUUUUUGAAUUUGUCAGCUGUAGCGCAUUGGUAGUUACUGGAGUUCUAUUGCUUAUGUUCAGCCUAAAUCUCCACUCAAGAAUACCACAGAUCAACUGGAACACUACAGAUUUGGUCAAUACUGGAAUCUGCACUUUCUUCUUCUUCAUUGCAUCGAUAGUACUUGCAGCUUUAAACCAUAAAAAAGGUGCAGAAAUUGCAGCGGUGAUAUUUGGUUUUUUGGCAACCGCAGUCUAUGCUGUGAAUUCAUUUUUAGCAGUUAAAAAUUGGAGAAACACCAAUAGCCAGCAAAACACGCGACAGACCAGUGACUAUAUACGUGCUCGGACAGAAUCCAGAGAAGUAGAUAACCGUCCAGAGAUUCAACGUCUGGAUGGGUGAAAAACGGGAAUUUGCUGAAAAAGAUUUUUUAAAAAGCCCGUGGACAUUUUUUUUUAAAGAAAAGAAGAUGCUGAUGAGAGUUUUUUACAGGCAAUAAAGGAGAAUGUGAUGGCCAAGAGCAUGUAUAAAGAGAAGGAGGUGGAUUAAGAAGCAAUUAUAUGAAGCCUAUAAUGACAAUUGCAUAUUUUUUUUUUGCCCAUAAAUAAUGGAGAAUGGGAAUACAACAGAGUGGAGAAAAUGAUGCCUAUUUCUAACAUCCAGACAAGUAGAAUUAAUGCUAGCAAUAGAUUGUAUUUUUGAAACAUAAUUUUGAUGUUCAACAUCAUGCACUGAGAUGAAAGAUAGAAAGAAUAUAAAUUGGGUAUUGGAUUAUGAAACUGCUACGUACAUUUUCCAACAAGUUUUCCAGGUUAAUUUUUGAUCUCGUACUCCUACAGUUUCGCUGUGUCUCUGCAACAAGCAGCUGGCUAUAUUAGACUUUUAGCUGGUGGAUCAGGUAAUAUUCACUAAUGAUUUUGACUACAAAGAAAACACCAAGCACACUCCAUUUGUGGUUACAAUUUAGGUACGACCUGAUAUUCAAUUCUGUCAUCUGCUACAUUCAUUCCCUUUUUUUAACUUCGAAAGAAUCACAAAGUAGACAUUGCGGUUGUUUAUCUAAACAACCUCCCCUUUUAUGUUCAGCUACAGGAAAACCUUAUUGUGGUCAGGGGUUUAAGAACAUUUGUUUUGUGUCCACGGAUUGCUAUGUUUCUAAAAUGAUAUAAUGCCCUGAGAACUUAAUUGGUUUGGCUGCUAAUUUUUAAUGGUCCAAAUUUGGGAGAAAUAUAUUUCUAAGUUAAGCUGUUAUUGUAAUGAGAUGUGGGGAAAACUUUGGGAAACAGAGUGAGGAGCUGCUUUCCAGGGAACGGUCAGAUAAGAGAUAGCAGAGUUGGAAGCUGGAUAAUGGAUGGUCAAGAAGCUCAGAAGAGACCCACCCUGGAUCUGUUUGAUUCUGUUAAAAAUAGAAUUAGAAUCUGGUUGAGAUUUCUGUCUGGUCUACCUGGUAAGGCACUUAAACGAUACCUUUCCGGGUGUCAGAUUAGGCAUGUUUGAAGUAUGUCUUAUUUUGGCCAGUGAACAUAGCCAGCUAUAUGGUUUAUUUAAUUUAUAUGCCAUUUAUACAAUAUAGUGACCUACCAUCCUGUGGAACAACAUGGUUGACAGCCAUUUCUCUUUGAUCUGCUGAUUGUUCUUAAUUGGUUCAUCAACCGAUUAUGUAAACUCUUCUAUCAUAAAUUGUGCACUUCAGUCUUGCUCAUACAAAUCAGCUCUUCCCAAUUCAUCAUCUUUGCAUUUACAACUUCACUUUUUAUUUUAUUUUAUUUUUUUGGCUCAGUAACUAACAGUACCAGGGUCAACAUAGUCAUCACUGUUAACAACUUCCAUUUGACAGUGAAUUUUUGUUGUGGGACUCCAUGGGCAGUCAAAAAUUCAAUCAGUACGAACUCCCACUGCAAGGUUCCAUUUCACAAACAAUAGCAAGACAGUUUUUUUUUCCUCUCCGUAAUUUUCUACCAAUUGAAGCGGAAAAACAGAUGGUAAACAAUAUGUUUAUAAUAUGCAGGCAGUAACAUAUACUGCUGAAGGCAUUACUUUUCAUUCAAGACUUGUAAUUUAAGUAGAAACCCACCCUCCGUAAGAUGCAGUGCAGCUGUGAUUGGGAAUAUGAAUAUUGUAUACUACAAUAACAAAUUCGGGGAAGAAGUAAUGUUUGUAUAUCCUAGGUAGUAAUUAUUUUAUAUUUCCAUGGGAUCAGCCAUUCAACUACAUGGUUGGUAUUAGCACUGCAUUAGGAAUGUACACAAGCAACAUAAUCUUGUUGGUUUUCUAAAGCUCCUGAUGACUAAACACAUCGAUAUAUCACAUUUUGGAUGAAUGUUGGAAAUUAUUUACCUAGCCUAAAGUCUCUCUGGUAAUAUCAAGUAAUGUUUAUAAAAAUAUGAUUAAAGUAAUGUUCUGGAAGGAUGGCUAUAUACUCUUUAGCAAUGACACGGACUUGGAUGGCUCUUUUCCAUUUGAAGAAUAUGUGGUUUUUAGCGAGGAAAAAAAACGAUUUGCAUAGUACUCUUUUAAUGAGACAUUCUAUUUUUAUGAGACAGAACAUUGCAUUUUUGGUGUUAAUUACCUAUGCUUUUCAUGGAAAAAGGUGCUCGGUGUAUUUUAACGUCUGUGGUCAGGUUUUAUUUUGUAGUUAAUUGGGAAGAGGUAAGGACCCAAUAGAACAUCUAGAUUGUUAUAGUUGCGGCUUGCGGUAUUUAGUUUAGGCCUGUCUUUACAGCCAUACUAAUAACCCAUAGAUGAAAACUAAGAAGCUGAAGUGAAAUCUAUUCCUAUCCCUCCUCUUGACAGCUGUGAUUGAUUUUGGAAAAAUCAGUUCACUUUCUGUAGUUAAUUUAAUUCAGAUGCCUCCUGAGCCCCAGAAAUAAACAGAUGGAGAGUAAUAACGUUUUAAAAAACCACUAUUUGUAAUAUUUCUAGCAAACUAAUGUUUUGAAGUUGGACUUGCCUUAUUUACAAUAUUGAGUUAAUACUAGAAGGAGUGCAAACAAUAACAGAAUCCGUAUGUCUGGUUUCCCUUGACUAGAGAAUGAUUUCCCUUAUUAAUCCGUUUGGCCCUAUGCAUAAGAUAGGAGUGGGCAGUUCUGCCAGCAAAUCAUUCAUUUUUCUUAAGGUUCUGUUGCUUCUAAAAGUCUUCUCUCCACAUUAAGGACCAUUUGAAUGCACUGAGAACAAUUCCACAACGUUCAGCUAGCAUGGUCAAGACCACCUGGUAGGUAGGGAAAGUUGGUGUAGCUACUUGAGUGAAUUUGCUGGUGCUUAAUUUGGGAUAAAAUCAGAUAAAAGCAUCUACAGUAAGAGGGCAAAAUGUCUCUGAAGAUUCUCAAUCAUCACAUUUUGCUUCUUCUCCAAGACGCUUCCACGGUUCUGUUAGUUCAAUCCUUUCUGUCAGUUCAAUCCUUCUGUUCCCCACCAUUCAGUCAGAAUCGAAGAAGCUUGUUGGAGGAGAAAUGAAAUGUUUUCAAGGAAAAAAAACCCAAGAAAGUCCAGUUGCAUUUCGAGAAUUAAAUAUAUAUAUAUACAUUGCUUACUGGUGUACACCGCUUAGAGAGUGCUUGCACUUAAAGCGGUAUAUAAGUCUCAUAAAUAAAUAAAUAAAUAAAUUACCUUUUGGGAUAUCUAAGAUGGCAUUGUGAGUUCUAGCUUAUUUCUGGCUAUCAAGAAGUCUUGUGGUGGUGUAUAAGAACCCUAGGUAAAAAUAUUUUAAACAGAGCCUGCUUAGAGGUAGAAUAACUUGGACUGUACAACUUUUACAGUACUGUACAUUAUACAUUAUCUCUGUCCACUGUUCAUAUUUGGGACUGGAAUGUAUAUAUUUAUGGGUGCUCCUGGACGUCUAUGCAUUGUUGUUAGAGCACUUUGAGAUGAAAAAGAAUAACUUGUGUUAGGAAGCGAGCAUCUUAAUUUGGACACCUGUUUUAGUGACUCUGCUAAUCCCAUACAUUAAUCAACCUAGAAUAAAAGAUGCACUUAAGUUGUCUUAUGUGGAUACUUCUCUUCUGCAUUAUUGUGGAUGGAACCUAUUUGUAUAUAUUGAGGUUUAUGAAAUGGAGAUAUAAUACGAUAAUGAGAUAGUAAACUGUAUAUUUAUUGUUCAUUGUAUUGUCCCAGUUUGGCUAGGGUGCCUUUGUACGAAUCUCAUUUGUGUGUGAAUGGCAUCAACCCUUCUCAGAGAUCCUUGCUUACAAACACUAUUUUUAUAAUCACAAAUUGCUAAACACACUUUUGAGUUCUGCUGAACACCUGCCUUAAUGGAUUCCUCAGCCUUUUUUUAAAGCCUCUGCUUUCUUGGCAGAAGUUGAAAAAUACAUUGCAUUGCUAUGGGUAAACUCUAAUGUGUUUAACAUGCAAUGUAAGCCUUUUGGUACGUGUAGAGAAUGUGUAUAAAAAAUAUGGAUUUUGGUUGACAGGGACCAAGUUGAAACAAGAUGGAGUUGUCAAUUCCUGGGGUAGCCCAAGUGCUAUUAUGAAACAAGGGGCACCACUACUUAAAGAGAGAAUCUUUUCCUUAAUUUAAAAUGCUUUCAAAUAUAUACCAAGUUGCACUUGAUUUUUUUGGGAGGAUUUUUUUGUUUCAAUACUCACUCCAAGGCAUUGGCACUGUGUUUUUUUCAGAAAUCAAACUUUGUGACCAAAAAUAUUACCUAAGUAAGAUUUUCAAUGAGCUAAUACUUUGGUUAAAGACAAUGACUUCAGUUUGAUCUUUUCCUUCUGGGGUUAAACUGUAUUUAAAGUAUCAUGUCUAAAGUUGUUAGAUAUUAUGAAAUGAACAUUCCUACUAAGAAAGAGUUAGAAAAGCUUGAUUAUAUAGCAUGAAAUAUCAUUGAAGUAUAGUCCCAUGGACUCAAUUUUUUUUUUAAAAAAAACAACUAUUUCAAACUUAUGCUUACAGUUACCAUACUAGCAGUUUGUAAAAAAAAAUUGCAAGAAAUUGUUUAAUGCUGUGGAUUUGAGUUACGGUAAAUAUAAUUAGAUCUAAAGUUGAAUAUGGUUUCAGUUACAAAUCUGGUGCUGGUGAGCUGAAUCAGCUUUUUAAACCAAGGACUUCCAAAGUGGCUUACAUUGUAUCAGAUAGAAUGGGUUGUUUUCAAAGUUUUAUCUUGCAGAAAAUCACAUCUGUUCAGAAAGAAAAUCUACUUUCAAGAUCAUGUGGCUAGCACGUAAUUUUCCAUCUGCAUCCUUUGCUUUGCUGUCUGGAUUGACAUCCCAUGCUAAGCACUGCAGUUUGGGAAACAUUUUGCAGUACGGUCAACGGAGACUUGAUCCGAAUAUCAUUUCAGUGGCCUUGAGACUACAUUGUUUGACCAACAGAAGGUUGCGUGCCUACAAAUGGUUCAGAAACUGCUAUUAGGCAGUUUCAAGAAUACAUGAAUGAAUCUUGCAUCUGCAUACUCUAAAUAUUGAUAAUAGGGUUGGCCAAUUCAGGAAUUUGCUAGUUCUAACAUAGCAACAUCAGCAUAGUAAAUGUGGGUAGAAAACAGUGCCGCCUGUAGUAACCCAUUAGUUCAGUGUUUAUCAACUUCAGCAACUUCAAGCUGGCUGAGAAAAUCUGGGAGUUGAAGUCCACACAUCUUAAAAGUUGCUGAGGUUGAAAAACACAGUCUUUGUCAUUCCAGAGCAAAAGUUAACCAUAUUCCACAAAGUUCCUGGGGUUUUAGACAAUCUGUACGGCCUUUUGCUUUAGUACCAGGAAAAAACAAUUGAGUGCAGAAAAUGUUUCUUCCUGCAUAAAAACAUUCUCUGACAUUCCAUACGAGGAUUUCUAUCUGUUGCGUGAAUGAGAUGUUUAACCAUUCCAAAGUUUCAUGAAGACAAAUAGCAUUGAUAUGCCAUGCACUUUUAAUUUCCAAUAUUAUUCUACUUCUAUAAACUUCAGGAUGAAGGAUUGUAAUGAUUUUUUACUUAACUGAAGGCAAUCACCAAAUUGCUGCUUGGUCAGUUCUUGUUUUUAAAUUUAUUCCUAUGUGGUGUAUUUUAUCAGUUUUUGCUUUGUAUAUUGGCAUGGUUUAUUCUGGGUAAUGUAAAAUUUAAUAGGAGUAUCUUUCUGCCUUUUGAUUUAUACUAUUUUUAACCUUUUUGGGGGGAUACACCAGGAUAUCGGAUUCUAUAAAAUUCUCAUGGUAUUUGCCUACUUUCAUUGUGUGUUUUUAAAAAACCUGUAUUUUUGUAUGUAGGAAAAAAUCAUAAGCUUUCUGAGUACUAAUCUCAUAUGGAAACAUUGUAAAGGAUUUAAUAAAUGGGUAGGAAUAAAAGUC